GGCGGAGACACAAGACCAUGUGACCAACAAAGCCAGGUCACAUGAUCCUCUAAACAUGGCUGCUGCCAGGGAACACAGCACCAGUCUCCAGUAGUACUCGAGAUGCUUUCCGUCUACUACUCUUUACAUUACGCCCUGUGUUUGGUGACCCCUCUGCCCCCUGUGACCCUCGUCAGACUCGCCCUUUUCCGGUGCCGCCUCCAUGUCGAGUCUAUUCCUUGUCCUUGGCGUCCUCUAUCUGGUCCAGGGCUUCCCCUAUGGCCUCCAGUCUGGUCUUCUCCCCGUCCUGCUCCGCACUCAGGGCCUGUCCCUGGCUCACAUUGGGCUGACCAGAGUCCUGUACCUUCCGUGGCUGCUGAAGUUCCUGUGGUCUCCUCUGGUGGACGGACGGUGGCAUCGCCAGGCUUGGCUUGUGCUGAGUACUGGAGGCCUGUGCCUAUGCUGUGCCCUCUGCUCGGUGCUGCCCCUUCAGGCUACGUUCACACCACUGGCUUGGCUGCUUCUUGUUAUGCACAUACUGUCCUCCAUGCAGGACGUGGCUCUGGACGCGGUGACCGUGGCGGUGCUGGAGCAUGACCAGCUGGGACUGGGUAACUCCAUCCAGGUGGUGGCCUACAAGCUGGGCUCAGUGCUGGCUGGAGGGGGUGCCCUCACCAUGCUGAAUGUCCUGGGCUGGAGGGUAGUCUUCCUGCUCCUCUCGGCUGGGUACUUCAUGGCGAUGCUGUGUGCGUGGGGGUGAGCCCUGAAAGGCGAGGAGUCGGCACGUCGAGGGAACCUGAAGACCUCUCUGUCUAAACUGAGGCUGACGGAUGUGGCUGGUCAAGUCCUCAGAGCUCCAGGGACGGUGUGGACCAUGGUCUACGUGCUGAUCUACAAGCUGGGGGAGCAGGGCUCGCUCAGUAUGGUCCCACUGCUGCUGCUGGAUCAGGGCGUGUCCCCGGCGGAGUUGGGGAUCUGGAGCGGAAUGGUGUCCUUGGGGUUCUCCAUUGCUGGAUCUGCGGUUGGAGGAGCGCUCCUGAGGAAGGGCAGGUCGGUUCACUCGCUGCUCAGGACGCUCUUCCUUUUCCGGCUCUCCUGUCUGGUGCUGCAGACUAUCCUCCUCACUUCCUUGGGUAGAGAAGCAGGCUUUGUGAAAGUGUCUCUGCUCCUGACUCUGGUGCUGCAGAAUUUCCUGGCCGGUGUCAUCACUACAGCGACCUUCACCCUAAUGAUGCUCUGCACUCGUCAAUGUCACAAGAGAGUCCAGGCCAGUCACUACAGUCUUCUGUCAUCUCUAGAAGUUCUUGGUAAAGUGGUUUUCAGCGCGGUCUCGGGGCUCCUGGUGGACUCUCUUGGUGUCUCUGCAUCCUUCUCCCUGUUUAUCGUUCUCUCCUGUCUGCCCCUCCUUCACCUCCAGAGACUUCCAUCCACCUUACGGUGAGCAGAGCUGAGCAAUCCCUGCCUGAUCCACCUCCUGAGAAC